AUGAUUAUUUUUUUAAAUGCUGGAAUUUAUAAAAGAGAAAUUGAAUCUGAAUUUCUUAAUGAAACAACAAUUUCUACCAUUUCUGAUAGUGAUAAAAUAAAACAUUCUAUAAUUAAUGAAACAGAAAUUUUAAAGAAUGACAAUGAAAUUGAAAGUAGUGGAGAUAUUGAUACUUUAAUUAAUACCGAAACAACUAAUAGUUUAAUAAAUACUACUGAAAGCUUUUAUGAUGGAGUAAAUGAAAACAAUUUAAAUUUAAUUGAAGAAAAAUUUAUAGCUAUUGAUCCUGUUAACAAUUAUACAGAAAUGCAUACAACAACAGAAUUAACAUUGAAUGAAGAUAUAACAACAGAUUCUACAAUUAUUACUUCUUUACCAGAUAUUCAUAAAUGUCCAUGUAAAAUUUCUCAUAAUUUUCUUCAUUCAAAUAAUUAUUCUAUUAUAUUUAAUUUAACAAAUUUUAUUAAUUCAACAUUUUCUCCAACAAUAUUAUUUUCUCCUAUAAUUACAAAUAAUGAUGAUAAAAAAAUGUUUUGUGAUUGUGAUUGUAUGUGUAAGAUAAAUGAAUUACUUAACAAAACUAAAGUAACAUCUACAACAACUACAACAACAAUGGCAACUACUACUAUACCAGAAGAUAAAAAAAUUAUUUAUAUAUCAAAUAGACAAAGACAAUGUAAAUGUACUUGUGAUAAUGAAAGUAUUAUUAAUUUUCUUGAUACAAUUAAUUAUAAGAAAUUGAAAGGAAAAUUAUGUAAAUGUACAUGUGAUAUGAAAUCUUUAUUAUCUAUUACUACUACAAUAAAUCCUCCUACAAUUAAUACUUUACAACCAAAUAAAAAAAAAUUAUGUAAAUGUAUAUGUGAAAAGGAAGAAUUUUUUGAUAAACAAAUGACAACAACUGUUAAAAGUACAAAAAAAAAGUUAUGUAAAUGUACAUGUGAUAAAGAAUAA